AUGAAUAAUAUUUGCUUAAAUUGUGGUAUUGUAUGCAAAGCUAAUGCCCAUACCAUAACUUGCGAUGGUUGUCAAGGAAUAUUGCAUAUUGCCUGUGUGGGGCUCUCCGAAAAUGACGUGAAGAUAACACGAGCUAAAUCUAGGUCAAUAAAAGUAGUGUGCUAUACAUGCAACAAUAAUAUGGCUCAGUAUAAAGAUUUCAAAACCUUAAUUUCAUCGUUACAAAUCGAGUUUACAACUGCCAUAGAGAAACUGAAAGAAGACUUUGACACUCAACUAGCCACUCUUCGGUCCGCGCUUCAUGAAGACCAGCGUAGCCCCAGCAAUCAAUUUGAAGAAAUCGUUAACGAAGUAAUGGAAAGGCAAAAUCGAAAACAAAACUUAAUCAUAUUUGGUGUUGAAGAGCAACCACAGAUUUCUACUAAUAAUAAUAAUCAGCGUUCUGCAAUAGAUAAGUCUGCCGUUGAAAAUAUUUUACAAUUAGUCCGGCCUGAUGCUGAUGUUUCUGGUAUUAAGAUUCAACGUUUGGGUCGCUUUUCUCAACAAAAUCCCGGUAAUAAACCUAGACCCAUAAGAGUUAUCUUGAAUGAUGAACUCGAGGUUCAAAAAUUUAUUCGUAAUGCCAAGGUACUGAAAAGCAACGUAAACUAUAACAACAUUACUCUGUCCUUCGAUCGCACUCCUAAGCAAAACGCAUCCUACAGACAAGUCAAAGAACAACUUGGCAUUAGAAUAAGCAACGGGGAAACAAAUCUGAGAAUAAAAUAUAUAAAUGGCUCACCCAAAAUUGUCUCGAAUGUUCGGGGCUUAAGAUCCAAAAUAUCUAACUUUUACAAUUCUGUUUCUGAAUUAAUCAAUGUUGAUAUAAUAGCGUUAACUGAAACUUGGUUGGCCAGUGAUAUUAGUAACACUGAAUUUCUUCCUCAUGAUUUUGUUGUUUAUCGGAAAGACAGGGAUCUACAAGCGAUGGGCGUCUCUCGAGGAGGUGGGGUACUUUUAGGUAUUAAUAAUACAUUGAAAUCAUCUGCUCUGGAUCUUUCUUAUUUAGGGGAUAUUGUUCCGACUAUAGAUGUUGUAGGAGUUAAAUUGUUGAGUGUUAAGCAGGAAUUAAUUCUUAUUGUCCUUUACGUACCUCCUCAGGUAUCAGUACAUGAAUUUCAACUAUUUCUUGAAGCCCUAAGUAGAAUAGACAUUCAAGAAAAUAAUAAAAUUUUGAUUUGUGGUGACUUUAACAUUCCGGAUUUCACCUUGGGUAAAAUAAACCAAUUCACUCUAUCUCUUAAUAAUUUCCAAUCUUUCCUUAAUUUAGAGCAGCAUAAUAAUGUGCAAAAUAAAUAUCACCAUAUUCUAGACUUAGUUUUCUCUAAUAUCGAGUGUAAGGUAGAGGCUUCUGAUUUCAAUUUCGUCGAUGAUGAUGUUCACCAUCCUUCUCUUUGUAUAGUUAUAAAAUCUGUAAUCCCCCUUGAUCAAUCUUUCCCUAUAAAUAAUCUAGAACAAUAUGACUUUAGAAAGGCAAACUUUCCAGUUCUUUAUGAUAUGCUUUACUCUUGCAACUGGGAUUUCCUAGAUACCGAUGGUAGCGUUGAUGAAAUUUGUUCUCUUUUUUAUGCCAAACUCCAUGAAAUUUUUGAUCUUGCUGUUCCUAAAUUUAAAAUCAAAUUGAGUACUAACCGUCGACAAUAUCCUCCCUGGUUUAAUCAGGAAAUAAGAAAUGCUAUACGUACUAAAUACUCAUUGCACAAACUGUAUAAAAAAUAUAAAACUGCUCAUUACUAUAAUUUAUUUAAAUUCCAUCGUUCCAAAUGUAAAGUGCUUAUUCAAAAUGCUUAUAGAAUGUACAUGCGUAAGAUUGAAAAUAAUAUUUCUAUAGAUCCUAAGUCAUUUUGGAUGUUUCUUCAUAACAAAAAAGGUAGCACACGUAUUCCUGGCUUAAUGCGCUAUGAUGACAGAGAACUAUCAUGUCCACAAGCUAUAGUUAACGCUUUUGCUCAUCAUUUUAGUAAUGUUUAUAUAAAGUCCGAUUGUUUAGCUCCUUUUUGCACUACGAAUGAAACAGCAGCUCAGCUUUCAGUUACUAUUACUUCACUGUCUGAAAAAGAUAUUCUCUUGGCCUUAAAAAACUGUAAGAACACAUUUACAUCCGGUCCUGAUGGCAUUCCUAGCUUUCUACUCAAGGACUGUGCAUAUAUAUCUUUGUGA